UUUGUUUUUGGUUUUGUUUUCCAUGUUUCAAAACAGGAACAUACCAGUUCAUUUUUUUGCUCAGCCCUCUGUCCAAGAAGCUAUGAAGGAGUGAAUGGUGAAGCCUUCGGGAGGCCAUGUGCUCAGUGACCUCAGCUAUGGAGCCAGGCCAGCAGCCUUCCCACAAAUGGGGAUGACACCCAGUUCAGACCAGCUCAGGGAAGCUUUUCAUGGCUCCCCUGGAACAGCUGCCACCUAAGGACCAUGACGCUUGACAGUGAGCUACAAGAACCUGUGGGAGAGACCCAUGAGGACCUGGAGACUGUAUCGGGGAUAAGGUGGCAGGCUGAGAAUUUCCAAAUGCUCUUAAACCGCUUGGGAGAAAUCACAGGAAUUCAGGAUCCCUCGUUCCUUCAUGCAGCCCUGAAGGCCGCAAAUGGUGACCUAACAGAUGCAGUCAACUUCCUCACUGAGGAGCGUGUUAAAGAGCCAGGCCAGGAAGCAGUCGCUGUGGAACCAUCUGACUGUGAAGGGAGUGCUGUGGGCAAAGAGCGACCCACCAAUGUGAUUGAUCUAACUCCUGAUAAUAAAGAUGACCUCCAGGCAGUCAUUGCUCUCAGCUUACUGGAGUCUCUGGAAGUUCAAGCAGUGGAAAGAGAUGUGAACAGGCCCCACAAAGCAAAUGCUGCUGAAAACAAAAAUCGCUCCAAAAGGAAACGGUGUGAAGUCUGGGGAGAGAAUCCCAAGCAGAAUGACUGGAGGAGAGUGAAUGACUGGCCUGUUGGCAUGAAGAACAUUGGAAAUACGUGCUGGUUUAGCGCAGUCAUUCAGUCUCUCUUCCAGCUGCCGGAAUUUCGUAGGCUGGUCCUUAGUUAUUCUCCCCCGCAGCGCAUGCUUGAGAAUUGUCGAAGUCGCACUGAAAAGAGAAAUACUGCAUUCAUGCAGGAACUUCAGUGUCUCUUUGCUUUAAUGCUGGGGACACAUCGUAAAUUUGUAGACCCCACUGCAUCACUGGAACUUUUAAAAGGCGCAUUUAAAUCAGCUGACGAACAGCAGCAAGAUGUGAGCGAAGUCACGCACAAGCUUCUGGAUUGGCUAGAGGAUGCAUUCCAGCUGUCUGUGAAUGUAAACAGCCCUCGAGACAAAUCAGAGAACCCAAUGGUGCAACUCUUCUAUGGGACUUUCUUGACUGAAGGGGUCCAUGAGGGCAAGACCUUUUCCAAGAUAGAGACCUUUGGCCAGUAUCCCCUUCAGGUAAACGGUUAUCGGAACUUGAACGAAUGUUUGGAAGGGGCCAUGGUAGAAGGGGAGAUUGAGCCACUACCUUCUGAUCAAUCAGUGAAGUAUGGACAAGAGCGUUGGUUUACAAAGCUCCCUCCGGUGUUAACCUUUGAACUCUCCCGGUUCGAGUUCAAUCAGUCACUAGGGCAGCCAGAGAAGAUUCACAACAAACUAGAAUUUCCCCAGAUUAUUUAUAUGGACAGGUAUUUGUACAGCAAUAAAGAGAUUAUUCAAGGGAAGAGAGAGGAGACCAGGAAGUUGAGGAAGCAAAUAGCAAUUCUGCAGCAGAAAUUGGAAAGAUACAUGAAAUAUGGCUCUGGCCCAAGCCGCUUCCCAUUACCGGACAUGCUGCAGUAUGUUCUUGAAUUUGCCAGUACAAAGCUACCUUUAGUUGUUCCCUCUGCUCAGGACUCUCAGAUGACGCGUGCACAGUCCUCAGCUGAGUGCUGUGGUCUGAAUGAACCUCUGCAGCAAAAUAGUGUAUUAGAAACAGAAAGUACUGAGAACACUGAAGGUGCAGCAUCCACUCUGAUAAACCCUUCAGCCCAGCAAGAAUUAAUGAGCAAGCUUCCCCAGCCCUCCUGUUUACCAGCUGAAAUGCCUGAAUGCCCAGCUCCUCGUGUGGUCACAGAGGAGGAGAUGAGCCUAGUUAGGACGUGCCUGCAGCGAUGGAGGAGCGAGAUUGAGCAGGACAUCCAAGAUCUCAAGGACUGUAUUACCAGAAUCAAUCAAUCCAUUGGUCAAAUGUAUGGUGACCCUGUCCUCCGUCAGGUUCCUUAUCGCUUGCAUGCCGUCCUGGUUCACGAGGGCCAAGCAAAUGCUGGUCACUACUGGGCCUACAUAUAUGACCAGCCCCGGAAGAGCUGGCUCAAAUUCAAUGACAUCUCUGUGACAGAAUCAUCCUGGGAAGAACUGGAGAGAGAUUCAUAUGGAGGCCUGAGGAAUGCCAGUGCCUACUGUCUUAUGUACAUCAAUGAUAAGCUGUCCUACUUUGUUGCAGAUGAUGAUGAUGAUGCAGAGACAGGACAGUUUCAGAAAGAAAUAGAACUUCUGCCACCUGAACUCCAGAAUUACAUACAGGAGGACAACUGGAGACUUGAACAGGAGGUGGAGGAAUGGGAACAGGAGCAAUCGUGCAAGAUCCCUCAGAUAGAGCCUUCAACUACUUCGGAAUCUCAGGAUUUCACUUCUGAAUCAGGACAAGAUCCAUCGUCAGGUUGUGAACACAGCAUACGCUCGCUGUCUUCCGAACAUGCCAGGAUUGCAAAGGACCAGACCGCGCAGGCUAUUGCAAAUACAGCUGAUGCCUAUGAGAAGAAUGGUGUAGAGGCUGCUCUGUAUGAGCCAAAGGAGGCAGAACCAACAAAGGCCCAGCUGAGAGAAACAGCCCUUACAGUUCAGUCAGAACAGCAACAAGAUGCUAAAGGGACAGAGUCUGCUGCCCAGCCUAGCUCACAGGUCUCUGAAGUGGAGAUCCCCAGAGUGGGAAAGAUUCUGGUUAGAUCUGACGCAGAUGGAUAUAAUGAGGAGGUGAUGCUUAGCCCAGCCAUGCAGGGUGUGAUCCUGGCUAUUGCUAAAGCCCGUCAGACAUUUGACCGGGAUGGGUCUGAAGCAGGGCUUGUUAAGGCAUUCCAUGAAGAGUACUCCAGACUGUAUCUGCUGGCCAAAGAGACCCCAACCCCUCACAAUGACCCCCGGCUGCAACACGUGCUCAUCUACUUCUUGCAGAACAAUGCUCCCAAGCAGGUAGUGGAACGGACCCUCCUGGAGCAGUUUGCAGAUAGAAACCUCAGCUAUGAUGAAAGGUCAAUUAGCAUUAUGCAAGUAGCACGAGCUAAGCUGAAGGAGAUUGGCCCUGAUGAUGUGAAUAUGGAGGAGUAUAAGAAAUGGCAUGAAGACUACAGUUUAUUUCGCAAGGUGUCUGUUUACCUGCUGACAGGGUUGGAACUCUACCAGAAUAGAAAGUACCAGGAAGCACUGACCUACCUGGUGUAUGCCUACCAAAGUAACACCACCCUGCUGAUGAAAGGACCCAACAGAGGGGUGGAUGAAUCACUGAUUGCUUUGUACAGAAGAAAAUGCCUCUUGAAGCUGAAUGAAAUGGCAGCGGCUUUGUUUGUAAGCAGUGCGGAGGCGGAUGUGUUGGAGGGUAUUAACACCCUGAAUGAGCUGAUCAUCCCCUGUAUGCACCUCAUUAUCAAUAAUGACAUCUCCAAGGAUGACCUGGAUGCCAUUGAGGUCAUGAGGAACCGCUGGUGCUCUUAUCUGGGACAAGAAGAUAUGGAUGCCAACCUGCAAAUGAAGCUGGGCGAACUGCUCCCCAGGCUCCUGGACUGCUCUGCAGAGGUCAUCAUUCUAAAAGAACCCCCGAAGAUCCGGCCCAACUCCCCCUAUGACCUCUGCAGCCGCUUCGCAGCUGUGAUGGAGUCCAUUCAUGGGGCCGCACCUGUGACUGUCAAAUAAACUUCCAACUUUCCAGCCCUGGAUGCGGUACAUAGGAACCCAUCUAUCGGUGUAGUAUCCUGCUGUCAGACAGCAUUUGAAUGGGAGAGGGAGGAGAAUAGGUAGAUAUAGACGAUUCAUAUCCAGAUGUAAACCAUGCUCUUGGUGUCGAUACAAAGGAAUGAAAAAUGGUAUUGAACUUUUAAGAUACAAUUGUCAAUGACAAUGCGAAGGGCAGGAACCAUUGUAGUAAGAUGGCACAAUAUAUGGUUGGCAGUAACAGCUGUUUCUCAUCUCCAUAACAACAAAAAAUGCAUUGUCUCUCCAUUUCUUGCCACUUUCAAAAAAUGUCCCUCAGAUACUUGGGACAGCGACAACAGCUGCACAAGAGAAUGGUUUAUUGACAAAUCAGUGACACUUAUUACCUUGGUUCCAGCAAACACAUCCACACCUUUCUAAAUUCUUAGCUGAAAGAGCUUAUAAAUCCAGAUCUUGGCAAAGUACUGCUGGCAGGAGUCUGAGUCGGGAUACUGAGAGACAGCGAGGAUUGAUGGAACACUGUGUGUAAGACAGGCAGGCAAUCAUGCGUGCAGCUGCAUACAUUAGCUGAGUGAAGUCAAACAGGAAGUUAAGUUGUCUCUUGUCUUUUUAACUGCCAAACAAAUAUGCAGAGCUCUUCUUGUGAGACAGACAAAAGCAAAUAAUGACAGCGUCAUAUGAUGGAACCUAAUUUUAAAGAUUGACUUGUAUACAAUAUCACUGUGCUAAUGAUCAGUAACUGGUUAAAGAAAACAAAAUCCCUAAAGGGAAUUCCCCUCUCAGAUCUGAAAAUAUUUCCUCCUCUACUAAGGUUAUUGAUGAGAAAAUUGAGCAUUGGAACUUAAGGUUAGAGUAAAAGCGUGUAUAUUUGUAUUUUUUUGUAAAAAUGUACUGGGGAGUGAGGGGGAGAACCACAGUUGGACACUUUUUAAGGGCAGUCUGUGUUUUAUUUGAAUAGACAAAAUUGUUUAAACCAAAAUGUUCUGAAUAAAUGGGGAAGAGAAUUCCUAUUUGAUAGGACUGCAGGUUUUAUAAAUGUGCAAUAAAAACAUUUGUUUUAUUUUAGAGUGAAA